AUGGAUGUAACAACAGAAAAAAAUUGCAUAAUAGAUAAAAAUAAAAUAGAACAUGUAAACAAAUAUAUAUAUACAAAAUUUCCUAAAUUUGAUACACAUAAAAAAAUAAAAUUAUAUAACAUUAAAAUAUCUGAGCUUAUUUUAGAAAAUGAAAAAUUAAAAAAAUAUAAGAGCAAUUUAGAAAAAAGAAUUUUAGAAGAAAAUACUGUCUUUGAAGAAAAUUUUAAAAAUUAUGAAAUAGCUAUUUCUAAUGCACUGAGAUUAGGAUAUUCUUCUUUAUUUUUAUGUAAUGUAUUAAAUAAAAUGAUAGAUAGAAAUAAAAAAUUUGUUUUAAGAGAACUGAUGAAGAGAAAAGACGAAUUUAAAAACAACAUAAUAAAGUCUUAUAUUCAUAAAUAUUCUGUAGAUAAAUUAUUAAUUAACAAUAUGGCUAUGAAGAUAGAUUGUAUAUAUAAAAAAAAUGUAAAAUCAGUAACUAUCCUAUUAGUGGGUAUUAUAAAAAAAAAAAUAAGAUAUUUAUUAAAAUUGUUUUUGAAUAAUAUUUUAGGAUUAAAAGAAGAAAAAAAAGGAAAAAAACCUAGGAGAAAAGAAAGUGAUAAAUUAAUUUUUAAACUUUCCUUUUUGAAUCAUAUUGAAAGAGUAGAAAGCUUAUUAGGUUUAGUAAAAUUAGUACAUAUUCUAAGAACUCGCAUAUAUAUAAUUUUUCAAUACUGUUUUUCUAAACUAGUAAGUAAUAAGAAUGAAAAUUUAAAUGUAAAAGAAAAUACCAUUAGAGAUAAAGAAAAAUUUGAUAAUAUAAAUGGUGCAAUUGAAAUUAGAGAAGAAAAAAUAAAUUAUAUAAAAAAAAUAAAAAAUUUAAAAAACAAUAAUAUAGAGAAUAAUAAUAAUAAUAAUAUAAGUAAAAUAAAGGAAAAUAGUUGUUUAAUUAAUUACAUAAGUAAUGAUAACAAAAAUACAGAAAAAAUUUGUAGCGACAUGUACCUCCAAAAAUAUGAUGAAAUUUUAAGUAAAAAAAAUUAUUUAUUAUUAAAUAAUGAAAACAUUAUAAAUAAUUUUGACAGUCAUCACUUUAGUUUGGAGAGUGGUAACGAAAGUGACAGUAGUUAUAUUCCACAUCCAGAUGAAAUUUAUAAUUAUUUAUAUUACCAAGAAUUAUUAAAAUUAAAAAAAAAGAAACCUGAAAACUGUUUUGCUAAGCAUAUUGAUAGUAAUAGUUUUAAUUCUCUUCAACUGAAUAGUGAAGAAUUAUUUUUAUGUGAUAAAUUAAAAAAAAAAAAUGAUAUAAAAGAAUUAUCAACAACUAAUAAUUUGGAAAAUUAUAUCAAAUAUGUUGAAAAUAAAUUAAAAAAAUACAACAAUAUUAUUACUAAAAGUUCAAAAAAAAUAAAAAAAGAACAUGCAGAUAUUUCUUUCAAUGAACUAGGGGAUAGUUCAAAAUUAUCAGAAUCAAACUCAGAAAGUAAAAAAAAUGCUAAAUGUGAUAAAUCUAUUUAUAUAUUUUUGUUAAAAGAAAAAAGAAGAAUUCUAGAAUUAUUAGAACAAUAUGUCUCAUUACAAAUUUCUGAAGAAAAUUACAUUAAAAAAAGAAAUAAAAAGGGAAAUAAUGCAAAUUUAAAUAAAAGUAAAAAAUUGUUGAUGGAUGAUUGUAAACAAAAACAAUUAGAAUCAUUAAAUAUAAAAAAUGAAGAGGUUAAUAAAGAAAUUAAUAAAGAACGAAUAAAUAAAAUUAAUAUCAAAUGUAAACCGAAACCAAAUAUAUCAUUAAAAAAAACAUUUAAAGAGAGUAAAACUCAAUUAGUUACAGGAUUAGAUAAGGAAGAUAUCAGUAAAAUAAAUAAAAAAAAAUUUGAAAUUAAAAAUAUUGAUGAUUGUAAUUUAGAAGUUGAGAGUUUUGUGAAUAAAAAUAUAAAAAAAAAAUUAUCAUUUCAUACAAUGAAAAGUGAGUUAAAAGAUAUUAUCUCACAUAUUUAUGAUAAUAAUGAUGAUAUUAAAGAAAAAAGGAAUCUCUUAGAUAACACAAUUGAUGAUAUUAAAAAUAAAUUGAGUAAAAUAAAAGAAAAAAGUUUUUUAUGUGUAAUAGGUGAAGGAUCUCCAAAAAAUAUAAAUUUAAAUUUUAAAAAAGAGUCUGAACACAAUAAUAAAAAAAAAGAAGAAAACGUUGACAUUUUAAAAAAAUCAGAAAGUAAAGUAUUAUUAACUCUUAAAAAGUAA